UUUAAUCCUUCAUUAACAUUUGUUGUGUGGUUGCAGGUUGGAUUAACAACAACAGGCCGCCAUCACCAAGCUCUCGUCCUUUUUCAAGAAAUCCACUCUUCUUUAUCUCAUUCCUUAGACCCUUUCAUUUUCCCUCUCGCCCUCAAGUCCUGUGCAUUCCUCCACUGCCCGCUUCUUGGCGCGUCCAUCCACUCCCUUACUCUGAAAUCCUCUUUCAUUACAAAUCCAUUUGUUGCCUGCGGUCUUGUUGACAUGUAUGGAAAAUGCGUCUCCAUUUCCUCUGCUCGCCAACUGUUUGAUGAAAUGUGUGUAAGAAAUGUAGUUGUGUGGAACUCCAUGAUUUUGCUGUAUAUACAUUCUAAGAAUAUGCAGAAUGCCUUGCGGUUGUUCGGGGCAAUGGAUGAAUUGCCUAAUGCGUCGACUUUUAAUACGAUUAUCAUGGGUUUGUUGGAAAUAGAGGGGAAGUUGUUUGAUGCCGUGGCUUUCUAUAGAAAAAUGUGGGAGAUGAGUUUGAAGCCGAACUUAAUUACACUGCUUGCUUUAUUACGUGCUUGUGUGGGGAUUGCAACAUUGGAUUUGAUCAAAGAGAUUCAUGGCUAUUCAAUAAGGAAUGACAUUGAUCCACAACCAAAUUUUAGGAGUGGCCUAGUGGAAACCUAUGCGCGAUGUGGGUGUCUUGAUAAAGCACAUCUUGUGUUUGAGAGCAUGGGAGAAAAAGACGUGGUUGCCUGGAGUAGCCUCAUAUCUGCCUAUGCACUGCACGAGAUGGCCAAAAAGGCACUCGAGAUAUUUGAACAAAUGGAAAUGUCAAACGUAAAGCCCGAUGAGAUCACUUCUCUUGGAGUACUGAAGGCAUGUAGUCAUUUGGGAUUGGCUGACGAAGCACAUAUGCACUUUUCUCGAAUGCAUAGUUAUUAUGGCAUAGAAGCAAAUGGUGAUCACUAUGCUUGUCUAGUGGAUGUUUUGAGCAGAGCUGGGAGACUAUAUGAAGCAUACGAAGUUUUAAAAGGGAUGAAAAUAAAAGCAACUGCAAAAGCCUGGGGAGCGCUUCUUGGAGCUUGUCGAACUUAUGGGGAAGUGGAGCUAGCAGAAGUAGCUGGUAGGGCUUUAUUUGAAAUAGAACCAGAGAAUCCAGCUAAUUAUGUACUGCUGGCAAGAAUUUAUGCUAGCAAGGAGAAAUAUGAGGAAGCUGAAAAGGUUACAAGAGAAGUGAAGGAGAGAGGGGUAAAGGCGGCACCUGGUAGUAGCUGGGUUAUCUAACAAAGCUGAUGCUGAACAUCAAUGCUUUGAUGAAUUAAGUGAUUCAGUGAAGAAACAUGAGAUUGAAUAGAAAAGACUAGCACAUGGCAGUUGAACUUUGAGGGAAUUAUAAAUAUUACAAUCGUGUAAGCAGGUCGUCUGCAUUUUACCUGAAAACGAAAUAUCAGUGAUUCACGUUGCUGCGAAGAAAGAGCAAUGGCCAAUGUGUCGUCUGCCAUAUUGUUGUAACUGAUUAAAAGCAUGCUUUCCUUGAAUAGAAAGUCCCAUUUAGAUUUUGAUAUUUAAAACAAA